UAUCCACACCAGCAGGUGGCGCGAACGCACCGGUCUCACGCCCUUUCACCUCCGACAGCGAAGAAGAAGUGGUGGAGUAAAAGAAGAAGAAAGGAGCGCAGAGCUGGAGUUAGCAGGGUGUCAUCGAGCUCUGUUGCCAUGGACGACCAUGCUGACGUUGCCAUGGAGAACAAGACAGAGGUCCCGGCCUCUGACGCACCGUCCUCUCCUGACAAAGAGCAGGCAAAGCCCGCUGCGCGUCAGUCACACCGCCGCACAUUAGGGAGGAGGGGCCAGAGAGCAAAGAGGCGGGGUCUUAUAGAGAAGAAGCGGGGUCAGAAAUCGAAGAGGCGGGGCCAGGAGGACAAGAAGGAGGGCGUGACGGUGAAGAGGACGUGGAGCGGCGGGAAGCGCCGUUGGGACAAGAAGCAUUACUGCGUGUUCUGCCGACGGCCACAGGUGAAGAUCGCACGCCACCUGCUGAGGAAGCAUGCCGACGAACAGGAAGUACUGGCUGCCAGCACCCUGCCGACAGGCUCCAAAGAACGCCACCUGCUGCUGGAGCACCUGCGCUGCCGAGGCAACUAUCUACACAACAUCGAGGUGAUCCGGCAGGGCACUGGUGAGAUUGUGCCAUGGCGUCAGCCCUCUGAGGAUGUGGAUGCGAGGAACUACCUGCCAUGCCCAUUGUGUCUUGGAUUUUUCCUUCGUGCUGACCUGUGGAAGCAUCAGGUGUCGUGUCGCAAGAAGCUCGCUAUUAACCCGUCCAAAGCCGAAGCGAACGCUGACCCCGCCAACGACGCCACCUCUGGUUCCACAAGUAAGUUGCCUUGUGAUGUCACCAGAGAGGACAUGCCUGAGGAUUCCCUUGGUGAGACUGCAGAGACCGGGACCAAACAGCUUAUGACCUCUGACCCAGGUGUUGAUCAAAACACGACCUCUGACCCCGCUGUGAACCGAGCCAGGAAACGGACCAGAGUGCAGGCAGCAGCGUCGCGGCUCCUGCCCAUCUCCAGUGGAGCGUCUGAGAGCUGCAGUGAAAUCCUGCAUCGCAUGAACCAAGAUAAUGUGUCUUACGAGGUGAAGUCUGAUUGGCUGAUCUGUAAGUAUGGCAACAAGCUGAUGGGGAACCAGGAUAGUGGUCAGAGGAGGUACGACUACGUAAGCCAAAAGCUCCGGGAACUUGGCAGGUUGCUCCUGGCCGCUAAAUCCCUUGACUCCGGCAUCCAGAGCCUGCAGGACCUGCUGGCCCCAGGCCGCCUUAGCCUGGCGCUGUCCGCAGCCAGGAAGGCAGCGGGAAACAGGUGGAGCCGCCCUCCACUGGCGGUGAAAACAACACUAAAGACAGUCUGUGAGAUUGCUAUUGGAGAGAGCCUGCAGGAUGGAGACUGGGAGGCUGCCGCCAAGACCACCGACUUCUACCACAUGCUGGGCCGGGAGUGGGACAACCUGGGGCUGCAGAACCCAGAUCCAGCUGCUACAGAUGGAGGAACUAAACCAAAGAAACGACCUGUCCAGAUAAGACUGGACAAGGACCUCAGACAAGAAGUUCUGUCAAAGUGUUCUAACAAACCAGUGACCUCUGCGAUUCCACCUGAAGCCAGAAUGCAGACAUCUGUCUCAGUCCCUGUGGCUCCCAGGAAGGUCCGACGGCGGCCCUGGUCCUCUGCAGAGAAGGAGGCCAUCUGGAGGCAGUUAGGAGUCCAUGUUCUGGUCCAGUCCGUACCAGGUAAGGAGGUCUGUCAGCGCUGUCUGGACUUGGAACCUGUCCUCAGGGGGCGGCACUGGAAGGACAUCAAGAACCAGGUCCACAACCAAAUCCAGAGCCAAAAGAAGCAGCAGUUCCACGCUCAGAUGGAACUCGAGAAGAACCAGGAUCACCAAGACCAGCUCCAGAACCAGAAAAAGCCAGAGCAGCAGCAGUACCAGGCUCCAGUCGAUGAACAGGGAAAGGACCACCGUCUGAACCAGAAGAAACCACCAUACCAGUCCCAGAUGGACCAGCAUGAUCCGGAUAUUUCUCGGAAUCAGAAGAGAUCACAAUACCACAUCAACAUACACCACCAGGCCCAGGAUAGCAUCCAGAACCAGAAGAAACAACAGGAGCACACCCAGCUGGAUCACCAGGACUAUCUACACAACCACAAGAAGCAGCUGUGUACCCCUAGAGUGGACCACCAGGACCACAGCCAGGUCCAUAAGAAGCAGCUGUAUCAGAUGGACCAGCAGGCCCAGCCUCUGCAGACCCUGGACCAGGAAACAUCUCUUCUAACCAUCGCACCCUACAGACCUGAUGGGUCAAAUCGAGCCCCUGGACAUUUGCUGCUUGAGCGGGAGCACAACAUUACAACCUACCCAGUUCUGCACAGACCACCAGGACCUCACAUGGACCAGCUGCUGCCCAGAAUAGACUGGGCCGAGGAUGCUCCAGCCCAGAACUAUCCUAUCAGCAGGCCACUGGGCAGGAACCUGCUACAGGAUGUGCCCCCAGGAGGACCACCCUCUGACCCACAGUCGGGACAUGUACACUUCUGACCGACCAGGACGAGCGAUGGACGGUCCUGGUCCAGGUCUAGAGGACUUAAUGAUAGGUUGGCCCUUCUCAAAGGGUGCAUAUCAGAUUUGGUAGUAAAAAGACCUGCUUUUAUGAUAACACAUGUAAACCUUUCUUAGAAGGUCCUUGAAUUUCCUGUGUGAAAUGAGUAUUUGCCUCCUACAGGACUAUAUACCCCAUAUUAUAUACCCCCCUGUAUGUUCUGGCAGUUCCAAUGGAUCUGGUUCUGAUAUGUCAGUCUAGUCAGGAGAUCAACCUGGAUCCUGGUUGAGGUGCUGUUAGAUAGGUGAAACAGUUCAGCUGUGAUGCACCUGAGUUAUACCGACUACGUGCCAGUUCCUGAUCUUAUUAUAAAAGGCGGGUACCAAAAACCAAAACCAGCACCUUAGUGGUCCAGUGUUGGAGCCUUUGAAGAUACCUGUUCUGGGAGGAGCUCCUGCUGAAAGAUCACGGAUGGUAGUGUCAGUCAUCAGAUACUGUCUUCCAUAAUCGGAAUUUACCGGAAUUUAUUUCAUAUGAACCAGCCCACAGCUCUACUUCUUAAACCUGUAGAACUGUGGGCUGGUUCUCUGAAGGCACUGAGGCAGAACCAGCUCUGUGUUGGUGUGAAAGAGCUAAUGAAGGGAUCAAGGCCCUUUUCCCUCAUUUAGUCAUAAAGGUGUUCAAAGUUCUCUGUAUGUUUAGCGUAUGGUUCUCCUCACACUCCUCUGUGUGAUGAGCACUGGGGCACAACCCCUGACAGUGAGGCCAAACAGACUCCUCCAGGUGGUUCUAAAUGGUUCCUGCAGGUCCCUGUGAGUCCUGGUCUGUGGUGGUCCUGUGAUGGUACCACUGCAUCCUCAAACAUAACAAGUUGUCAUGUCACAGGUUUAUUCCAAAAUGGAUGAAAUUCAUUUUGACCUCAGUAUUCUACACACAGUACUCCAAAAAGGUUUGCUUAAAAUUCUUAAAAGAUUCAUUAAAACAUUAAAGAGAAAAAUAUAACACAUGCACAGGUAUUCUCAGCCUUUGUUAAAUACGUUGUUGAAGCACUUUUUGGCAGCAGUUACAGAAGAUGAACCUUCGCCCAAGUUCAAUGUCCAGCGCACUUUUGGACCAGGUUAUGUCUCUGUACAUUCAUCUUUUCCUUCAGAGGCCUUUGGGCAAACUCCAGGUGGGCUGUCGUAGCCUGGUUUCCUUACAGGGGUCCCCAAUCCCAGUCCACGAGGGCCGGUGUCCCUGCAGGUUUCAGAUGUGUGCUUGAUCCAUCACAGCUGAGUUAAAUGUAAAUUACAUUUUCAACAUGCCUUGGGCCUGGUAAUGAACUAAUCAUGUGAUUCAGGUGUGUUGACCCAGGGUGAGAUCUAAAACCUGCAGGGACACCGGCCCUCGUGGACUGGGAUUGGGGACCCCUGCUUUAGCACCUACUCGCCUGAGCCCGCGUUUGUUUGUGUCAUGUUCUAUUACAUUUGAGUUCCACCUCAAUAUGUGUGGGGUUGUCAUAGGAACACAACCAAAAUCCCAUGUGUCUAUGUGCCACAAACACAAUGGAGGACACUGAGGCGAUGGUAUACCCGCUGCUUGGUCUGUGGGUGUUUGUCAGACUCGAGGACCAUGAUUGUCAGUUUGUAUGUAACCAUUUCCCUUGUUGCCGAGUUUCAGAAAUGCCAGGUUUCAUCUAACUCGUGAUUCAUCUAAUGACACCUCUGGCUGGCCAGUCGGGGGCUUUUGAUGUCACAUUUUUAGACUGACUCUGCUCGGUUGGAAAGCCGGGCCAGCAUUUGCUAAAAAAGUACCUGGUACCAGGUACUACUCCCUGAUGGAAAACCAUAGAAACUAGGUUGAGCUCAGCCGAGUAGGUACUAGAUGAGGGGCGCAGAAGAUUGCCCAGAUUGCCAGACCAGAUUGGUCUCUAGGAAGAGACCCGGUGGUUCCAAAACUUCCUGUAUGGAUGGUGGAAGCCACUGUGCUCACUGGGUACGUCAGUGCUGAUCCCUGGAUCUGUGCCUCCAUACAGUCCCGCCUACAGACCUGCCUCUGACUUUGUGCUCUGUCAGUUAUGGGAGCUUAUACAGACAGGUGUGUGCCUUUCCAAAUAACGACCAGUCAGCUGAAAGGUGGACUCCAGGCGUGUUGUAGAAAUAUCUGACAGACGAUCAGUGUGCACAGCUGAACAAACAUGUGAGUGUCUGGGCUGUGAGUACUUCUGUCCAUGUUAUACUUUAGUUUUUUAUUUUCAGUGCAUGCACAAGAAUGUCAGCUGACUGUGUGCAGAGACUGUUUACUGUACUGUGUGCAGAGGUGAAAAUGAAUGUCAUGUUGGAAUAAGACUGUAACGUGACAACACGAGGAACACUGAAUGCUUCCAGGAUGAUCAUAGAUGAGAUCAUCUAUGAUGUUUCUGUGUCUCCUGCUCGUCUCCCUUUAAUCUGUGUUCAUCCACCCCUCAGUGUUUCUGCUGUCCUCUCCACUUCUUCAUGUCCCUGCAACUUCACUUUAUCACCACUAGAUGGCAGACCUCUCCCUGUUUCUGGUCCCUGUUAGAGGAUAAGAACAUGUUACAGUCCAGACUGCGAGCUGCUGCUUUUUCCUCCACAUGUCGCAUUUCUGAUGUCCUGUAGAGUCGCUGAUCCACAGGUGAUCGAUCCACAGCUGUGGCCUGCAGGAGGAACAUCAGCUCAGACACUGAAUGGCAGCAGGAGGCUCUGUGUGUGUUUAAUGUGUAAUAAAAGUGUCUGUAACUGUCUGUAUCCUGUGAUGGAGCCCUGUCAUACUCGGUCCUUUUAUUUCAUUAUAUCUGUUUCAAUAAACGAGUCCCCGCUCUGUGAA